CUUUAUUUUCCAUUUAGGGCAUAAAGAUGCUUGCUCUUGCAUUUUAAAAAAAUCACUUCUCGGUCCUCUUCUUCAGCGAUGCGACCCAGUUGCAGACGCAGAGAUGCAGAUCUUUGUGAACACCCUUGAGGUCAAGCCCAGUGACACCACUGAGAAUGUCAAAGCCAAAAUUCAAGACAAGGAGGGUAUCCCACCUGACCAGCAGCGUCUGAUAUUUGCCAGCAAACAACUAGAGUAUGGCCGCACAUUCUCAGACUACAAAAUCCAGAAAGAGUCCACCCUGCACCUGGUGCUGCGCCUACGAGGUGGCAUUAUUGAGCCUUCCCUCCGUCAGCUUGCCCAGAAAUACAACUGUGACAAGAUGAUCUGCCACAAGUGCUAUGCUCGCCUGCACCCCCGUGCUGUCAACUGCCGCAAGAGGAAGUGUGGCCACACCAACAACCUAUGCCCCAAGAAGGUCAAAUAA